AUGAAGGUCCAGUCUGUUUUUGUCUUUUCUCUUGCUGCUAUCGCCGCUGCGUUCGAGGCAGGCAUCACUGAUGCUGACAACAUGCCCGUUCCCACCCCCGUUGAGAACUUUGGUGAAGAGAUCGUUGAUCUCCCUCUCGUUACUGGAGAGAGUGUCAUUGACGAGGCUACCAACGAAUAUGAGUACAGCGAGGGCGACUAUGAGGGUAACACUAACGAGGAGCUUACUGAUUACUUCAUGCAGGACUAUCAGGGAGAUGCCGAGAACCCCGAGGAUAUCCACAAGCUGAUUGACCACAUCAAGGAGAAGAAGUGCCCCAAGAAGAAGUGCCUCAACAAGAUUGUUAAGACUAAGACCUGCUACGUCACUCUGCACAAGCUACACUACAAGACAGUCAAGAAGCCUUGUGCCGUCCCGACCAAGCACCUCAAGAAGCCCGUGAAGAAGCAACCCUCCAAGAAGCAGCGAUGCCCCAACUGUGGAUCCACCAACUGUGAUGGCGGCAACCAAUGUCCCAACAAGGGCAACAAGGGCAACAAUAAGAAGCAGCAGAGCAAGAAGCAGCAAUGCCCCAACUGUGGUUCAGUCAACUGUGAUGGCGGCAACCAGUGUCCCAAUAAGGGCAAUAAGGGCAACAAGGGCAACAAGAAUAAUAACAAGGCCCAGCGGUGUCCCAACUGUGGAGACACUAGCUGCGGUGGCUGCUCUGGAAAGAACCACAACAAGUGCCCCAACUGCGGUUCUCGAAAUUGCGGUGGAAACUGUUAG